AUGGUCGCCCACUUAAGCGUUAAGGCCGGGAGUAGGGUUCUGGGCAUUGGCACAGAUAUCGUCCAUCUAUCGCGAUUCUCAAAGCUGCUCCAGAAAUACCCGUUAUCUGUAGCGAGUGCAAGUGAACAGGGUACCUUCAUCAAGAUCGCUAAAAAGUUUAUGCAUUCUCGUGAAAUUGCAAACCUACAACUGCUGGUCUCUGAAACCAAUAACGAUAAGCAUACGGCUACGUACAUUGCUGGAAUUUGGGCGAUUAAGGAGUCUGUCUUGAAGGCCUUUUCGUCCUUUGUACCGGGCCCUGAGAUGCCAACCGCCCAAUGCAUAUAUACCAGACUCAUAUACAAGGAGAAAAAAAGCAGUGGCCGGCCCAUUUUACGAUUUGACGAGCAAUUCCUCGCCACCGCCUCCGAUUCCGAGCUGCAAUUCUAUCACAAAUACAUCAAGACGCCAAAGACUCGCCCGAUAGUGUCAAUUUCCCAUGAUGAAGAUUAUCUGGUGACUUUCGUAUGUCUCGUCGAAGAUAAUGGAAACGGGAAUGGCCAUGCAAGCGCUACUGACAGCAUUUUUGAUAGUGCAUCGAGCUGA